AUGAGGGCCUCUGAAACACUUUUGGCCGUUCGCCAACUUCGCCUCAAUGACGAUGAUUAUACUCGUAAGUUCCAACAAUCCAUUCCAUUUACUCCUCUCACUCAUCAUUUUGCAUACAGAAGCCAAGGAGAACAUCAAACACGUGGCCGAAUUUCUCAAAGAUUGUGCCGACGUCGGAAUGUUCGUUUUCGAGAAAAUGGCGCCUCAACUUGCCGCCAUUGUCGGAUUGGGUCUUUUUGCGAAAAAUGUGAUUACGGCCACCGAGGCGGACAAGUUGGAGCCGGUUAUGAAGGAGUUGAAAGAGCUCAAGAAUGAUAUUAGGAAGGUGCGUAAGUUCGCUUUAAAGUUGAGCAAACUUCAUGUUUCCAGCUCGACGAAGACAUGAUCAAGCAUUUCGAAGACUUGAAGGCCUACAUAGUGGCCAACGAGUUCUAUCAGAACAUUGCCAAGUACGCCUCGACUUUGACGGACUACAUGGCCGACACGUGCAUUCCGGUGCCGGCGGAUCAGCCAAAGGACACUGCGAUGAAUGAGUUCUCGGAGAGAUACAACGAGAAGAAACCGCUUCAAUUGGCGCGAGUAAGUUGAGAAGAAACUGAGCAAACGUUCAACUGCUUUUCACACUCAGGAGCUCAAUUUCAUGCUCUCCAACGCGCAGACGAGUCCGUUGAAGAUGGCAAUGCAGGCGGAUCCGCUGAUGACCACUGCCACGUUCAAUGGCUGGAAGGAGAACAUUGGCGGCGUCUUUUCGCAACUGGUAACUUUCGGUUGAAAACUGUCUCGCGCCAAUUUUCGCCAGAGUUUAGUGGUUUUUGGAGUUGUUCGCCGUCAACGCAAUCAACGGCGGAAAUGUGUAUUUUGCCGAUAAAGUCAAAGAAGAGAUGGACGAGUUUAAAGGAAAAGUCGACGAAUGGGAAGAGGACUAUAAGGUGAGGAAGUGGCUGAGAAUAAUCCAAUGAUAUUUACCCGUUUUUUCUACAGAAAAACGCCUACUUCUGGCCUAAAAACAUCAAAAAGUUUGUGGAAGACGUUCAAGACGAUAAUACCGGAAAGUCGGACGGAGAAGUCGCUGAGCUCAUUCAAAAAGGUCUGGAGACAAUUCUCACCGAGUACGUACUAUACUAGAUGUCGCGGAUUUCGACUUUGAAACUGUUUCAGCGACAUCUUCUACAUAAUCUCCUACCCUGAAGCCAGCUACCAUUGGUAUCACUCGAAACUUCCCAAUCAAGUGCUCUUCUCUCUCGAUCGUGGAGGUCGCGACGUCAUUGUGUACUGUAGUCUGGCCGGAAGACAAGAAGAGCUCGAUAUGGCCGAUUUGGAGCAGUUGAAAACCCAAAUGAACCUGGUGAAAGACAUCCGAAAAGGCGCCAACAAUCCGUCGGGACAGGCACAGAUCGACUCGUUCGCCACGACGAUUUUGACCAACGACGGGCUUCUCAUCGAAAUCGAAUCGCCGACGGAGUCAUCCGUCGCAGUCCGAUCCACAAACGUUGAUGUGCUUCCGAACGGUCCCGGCGUUUGGUACUAUGACGAAGUGAUCAAGUUUGUGUCGAUUACCCCUAUCACCGAGAAGUUCGUCAUGCUUGCCGCAUAUAAGUAA